CGUCGAUCGAGGAUUCGAAUAAAUGUAUUAGAAUAAGAUGGAGUAUCUGCUCCCUCCUCUUUGACCGUCAUCACCAACCACUAUUUGACUAUUACAUACCACUAGUAGCAAUACUACUAGUAUUGUAGUAGUAUUUUCAUGGGAAAUAAAUAGGCAACCAGGCGGUAGCACCCCCGCCCUACCUUUUACUGAGUGGGUUGAGUCCUUUGCACUAUUUCCUCGAGUACUUCGUCUCUUCUACCACCUUCUCCCUCUCCGCCCUACUCCAGUUCUACCGGACGUUUUGUCCUCUCCCAACCAAACGGAGGCGCUAAAAUUGCCUUCCGUUCGUCUUGUUCAGCUUGUGCGACACCCAUUAUGUACACGCCUUGUUACUUGCUUUUCCCAUUGGCGUGUUUGUUCUUGCUUCUUUCAUGGAAUUUGCGACGUAUCAAGGAUGGUCCUCGUCCCCAACCCGACUCUCCCAAACAAUUCCCCCCGGUCAUGAGUCCACCCAUGUCCCGCGAAGGGUCCCGCUCCAGUCAAGACUCGUUUCCAUGUUUGACUUCAACGUCGGAUCGGAUACGAGAAUGCACAUUCAAACUUACGUUUAUUCCGCGAAGUUUUGUCGAUGCGAAGAUCAACGAGAAAGCUGUGCAAGACAUACUAGCUGAGAAAAGAAUCGGUAGUAGAUCCCGAAGAGCCAAGUUGGCGAAGAAGAUCGUCCAAAGCGCCCAAAAGCUAUUCAUCGUUCUGCUCAUGUCAAGAAAGGUGGAUUAUAUAAAUACCUUCCUAGACAGGGGGAUACAAGAUGACAAUCUCCCAUUCAAACUGGACGAGAACGGCUUGCGAACCAGCCAAGGCCAGGAGGUCCCGGUACCGGAAGAAUGGGACUAUUACGACCUAGAAACAUUGGAAGCAAAACAGUGGCGUGUUCUCAUCCCGGUCUUUCACCAAGGUGCCCAUUACGAUUUUCCAGAGCAGCAAAUCUUUCCUUUUGUUGGGAAAGAGUCUUCAAAGUCUGCUGAAGGUGGAUUUGGAAGAGUCUCCUGUGAACGCAUCCACGCCGACCACCACAAAUUCUGGGAAUACCCUGACAGUAAGAGCCAAGGGUGUAGAGUUGCAAUCAAGACACUCCUCUCGAGAGAACGACAUUUGUUUGAAAGAGAGACGUAUUUCCUCAAGACUCUGGGCCCCCAUCCACACCUGAUUAAUCUUCUAUGCACCUAUAGCUUCAAGGAAGACAAUCAUCUGGUGUUCCCUUAUGCAGACGAGAACUUACGAGAAUACUGGAAGCGGACUGGGCUACCCGAAUGGAACAGCCAGAACCUCCUAUGGUGUCUCAAGCAGGUGGUCGGAAUCGUGGGUGGAUUAUCUGUGAUACAUAAGCUAUCCCGAGCAGGGAAGCCAACUAGUAAGACGCUUUAUGGACGACAUGGUGACCUGAGACCCGCAAACAUUCUAUGGUUUAAGAAGCGUCCUGGGUGCACAGAUCCAAACGGCAUACUCUUGAUUGCGGACUUAGGGCUAGCGAAACUUCACCGAUUUGAGUCUAGGUCCAACGACAUAGAUGCAGUCUUUCCUCUGACCUACUCACCUCCUCGCCAUCCUGGGGAGCGCAUAACCCGGGCCUUCGACAUCUGGAGUCUUGGGUGUCUGUUAUUGGAGUUCGUUACCUACAUCAUAUGCGGUGAGAAGGCUAUCGAGGAGUUCUCCCAGCUCCGGGGAUACGAUGACCCCCGCACCGAGUUCAAUACAGAUUGCUUCUACAGCAUAGAUCACGAGGAAGUUCGUCCAUCUGUAGAAUACUGGGUGGCGAAAUUGACAACAGAACCGCGGUGCUCCCCCGUGUUUUCUGACUUGCUGGAUUUGAUCAUGUUUGGAAUGAUCCGCAUUGAACCGGGCAAGCGAAAAAGCGCUCAAAAGAUCCACCGGGAAUUGGAAGCAAUGCGUAAAAGGGCUGAAUCUGAUCCGCAAUAUCUUCUGGGAAGUUACGAAAUGCCACCGCAGCAGGAGUUGGAUGACCUCCAGGAGCCCACCCCGAAAGCAUUACCUUCUGCUCGAGGUGUGCCUCAUGGCUCGACCUACUUCACCCCUGAUGGACACGGUCUGGGUGACGCUAUCUCCAAAGCAACACCCCUGCAUUUGAACAGGCUAGGUCCUGAGAUGCAGCCCAGGCUGGCGAACGAUAGUGACGAUUCGUGGUCCAUGAGUGAUUUGGGACUGCCAAGGAGCAGGGGAACAUGGCCACAAGGCACCAGCAGCUGAUGCUCCCGUAGUCAACCCUGCUUCUAUCAAGGUGGGCACUCAGUUUUCCCCUUUGUUUAACGAUGGUACCCUUUCUUCGUUUUCUCCUUCUCUUUGGGUCCAUCUUGAUUAGACUUGGGUAAGAUGUAGAAGAUUUAUGUGUGUGUAUUAUCUUUGCCAUGAGCGUAUACCUUGGCUGAUUAGCUGGUUUUGGGACUUCACUGGUGUUGGCGAAUGUAUCAUUAGGAAGGGAGAAUUAUAGAUCCGAUAUGAUGAGGAAGUCGACAAUCGAUAUCAGAUAUGUCACUAAUGAUUCUAUGUUAAAUAGUAAAUUUCUACAACAAAGUUUAUGUCCGA